GGCAAUCAACACCAAAAUCAUCGCUGGCCGCGUUGGGUGUUGGUGCUUCCAAGUACUUCUCUUGUUCGCUUUCUAUCUCCGCCGCAAAAGCGUCGCACACACACCAAAAGAAAACAUCUCUUCCCACGCACAUCAACGACAACAAAAUCCCCGAAAGUAAUAUCUCUCCCUCUCUGGUCAAGCUCUUCACCAUGCUGAAUGAAAGUACACUCCGGGAGUUCUACGCGCAUGUGUACCCCGUCGACCUCGUCACGCAGUGGCUCGCCUAUCGCUUCAACAGCGGUGGCGGCGGUGUGAGCAGCAGCAGCGCACGGCCCAGCUCCGCCACAGCGACGGCGCUCCUCGAUUCCGAAGGGGAAGAAUGCAAAGUAGUGCUCCCUCGCCGUGCCGGAGAAGACGAAGCCGCAGCGCUCAGCGAUGUCAACGACGGCUUUGAUGGCAAGGGGGCGGCCGCCGCGGAGGGUUACCUCGCGCGACGCGAGUUCUGUUUCACCCUGAUUGGGGACAUCUUCACCCGCUUCCGCAGCUACAAAAGCGCCGAGGAGCUGCGCGCGGAGUUGGUGCGGUCGUUCCCUGAAAAAAUCGAUGUGGGUGCCGUGUACAACAUCCGCCCCAACCAGAAGCAGGGCAUCGCUAACGUGUUCCCGGUGGAGCGCGAGUUGGUGUUCGAUAUUGAUAUGUCCGACUACGACAACGUGCGGUCCUGCUGCACCGGCAAGAGCAUUUGCAGCUACUGCUGGGCUUGGAUGUCCUGUGCGGCGCACGUCCUGCACACAAUGCUGCAGGACGACUUCGGCUUCAAGUACACCCUCCCUGUCUUCUCCGGCCGGCGCGGCAUUCACCUGUGGGUGUGCGACAAGCGCGCCCGGCAGCUGACAAAUGACGAGCGGAUGGCCCUAGUCGGGUACCUGACGGUGGUGGCUCCCAAGACACUGCGUAGCACCGUUGUGGCGGACUUGGCGAACCACCGCCUCAUCCACCCAAGCAUUCGCCACGUCCUGCGCACGCAGCUCGACCGUGCCUUCACGGCACUCUUCGUCACCUCGUCGGCGGAGAACCCAAAUAAUGUACUGCACAGUCCCAAGGCUGCGUUUAUCGUCCACGACGCGACCGUUGCGGUGUUGAAACUUGGUCGGCGAGAGGCGUUGAACCGAUUCCAGCAGCACGUGCACUUUCAAGAAGGGAACGUGUUGGACUGGAUUGCGUUUCUCCGCGCACUCGGCUCCGAGCAAGAGGCCACCGACGUGCUGCACGCCGUCCAGCUGCUGCUCAUGUACCCGCGACUCGACGAGCACGUCAGUACUCGCCGAGAUCACUUGUUGAAGUUGCCGUUCUGCGUGCACCCCGGCACCGGCUCGCUGUGCUGUCCGUUGGAGUGGGAUGCGGUCGACGGGUUUGAUCCGAAGUGUGAUGCCCCGCAGCUGCAGGAGAUGCUGAUGAGCCGCACCAUGGAUGCGAAAUGGAAAGCGCCGCUGGAGCGAAUGCUGAAGGAGAUGCGCACCGACGAGGAGGAGAACCCUUCGUAG